UCUGGUCUUCUAUGGUGACUUCUAUAUUGUUUGCCCCUACAGUGCAAUAAGAAGUUAUAUUGACAACAUUCAACUAACUGUUUGCCGAUGGUUUUGUUCAAAACUGACCCAAAACUAUUCUUAGGAAUUUUGUUUAACAUACAGAGAACUCUGAAAUUCUAGCAUCUGCGCCAGGGGUUAUAUGCUGGAAUUUGUUAAUAACUUUUAAGUAAUUGUUUUUGCUGAUGGUACUCUGCUGAAAAAUUGUGACGUGAUUAAGGACUAUAAAGCAGAAUACUUCUAAAGAAUUCCUUAUAUGGCUUGAGUUUUGCAAACGGGACAUUAUCUAUCUUGUCUUUGGAGAUAUUACAUGUAAUAGACUGGCUGGGCAAGAUCCACUGAUACAAACAGAUGAUUAAAUAUAUAGAAAGAGUAUUUUGCAAAAAAUACCAUGUCUAUCAUGUAUAAAUGCUAAUUAAUCAAUAAUUGUUAUAUAGACAAUAAGAAAUACAAACAUGGCUGAUAUUAGUUAUAAUCGUGGUAAAAUAGCCAAAGCUUGUACAAGAGAAGAACUAGAACUUCUUGACAAAAAGAGUUUGAUUAAUAGGAUUAUGCAACUUGAAGCACAUAAUCAACAAUUAAGAAGGAUCAUAACUAAAAAGUCGGAAGUUUCUGAAAGGAAAUCGAUGAAUGAAAAACCGAGAAAACAAUUCGAUUUUUCACGCUGUUACACAAGGCACAUUCUUUUAAAAUUCUAUUAUCUUGGAUGGGAUUACCACGGUUUUGUAGAACAAGAAGGGACUCAAAAUACUAUUGAAUAUCAUCUCUUUAAAGCAUUGAAGAAGAGUUGCUGUAUUGAGUCCAGAGAAAAUUGUAAUUAUCAUCGUUGUGGACGAACCGAUAAAGGCGUUAGUGCUUUUUCACAAACAAUUUCUUUAGAUAUUCGGAGUAAAUUAAGCCCUGAAAACCAACAUAACUUACAAGAGGAACUACCUUAUUGUAAACUGUUAAACAGAUUGCUACCGAGAGACAUAAGAUGUGUAGCAUGGUCUCCCGCUCAAAACAAUGUCUCAGCCAGAUUUAACUGCAAAUAUAGAACUUAUAAAUAUUUAUUCCCCAGAGGAGAUUUAAAUGUAAAGGUUAUGAAUGAAGCAACUAAAUAUCUAUUAGGACAUCAUGACUUUAGGAAUUUUUGUAAAAUGGAUGUGGCCAAUGGAGUAACUCGUUUUGAUAGAACAAUUUCUACAGCUAACAUUUCGGAACACCGGAGGGAUUUCAAAACAACAUCAAGUUAUGAUAUUUGUGAAUUGACGAUAACAAGCCAGGCAUUUUUAUGGCAUCAAAUUCGUUGUAUAAUGGGCAUCCUAUUUCUUAUUGGGCAAGAAAAAGAAAGUCCGAGAGUCAUCUGUGAUCUUCUAGAUACCAACAUAUGCCCACGAAAGCCACAAUAUAAUCUGGCUCAUGAACUUCCCCUGUGUUUAAUGCAUUGUGAGUUUGAGAAUCAAAACUGGUUUAUUGAUAAUCACGAACUUACAAACGUUAUAACCACUUUGCAACAGGACUGGACUCUUAAUGCUAUAAAGGCUGCAAUGACUAGAGAGAUGUUAAGAGAAAUGGAGACUAUUCUAGAUGACGAUGAAGGCAUCAGGAGUCAAAGUACUUGUUUGCUUCAAGGAGUACAAACGAAAGUAUAUCAACCUCUUAUGAAAAGAGUGACUUGUGAUAGUUUGGAAGACAAGAUACAACAUUAUGCAAAAAAGCGGAAACCGAAUACUAAAGGUUUCGAAAGUGCUCAUACUUCACAAGAAACCAUAUAGCAUUAAGAAUGUAUAACACUCAUUUUUUUAUGCAAACAAUUACAUUUCAUUAAAAGGUUAUAAAUUGUAUAAUUUAAAAUGGAAGACUUUGCAUACGUCUAUGUUAGUCACCAAUAAUACCUUGGUUUGUUUAUUUCUUCUUUUCAGCUUCCAUCGUUAAUCUUGUAAUUAUUACCAAACGUUCUUUCCCCCAAUUACGUUCCUUAAUUAAUUAAUACCCUACGAUUUUUUUACGAUUAUUUAUAUUUAUCAUCACUGUUGUCUUUAAACUUCCGAAAUACUACAGUAAUUACUUAUGGAAACUUGAAAACUUGGUGACCCAGCUUCCAGGUUUUAUGCUUAGGGUAAGUCCGGGAUAUAUGGACCACCGGUAUAGACGGACUAGUCGAAUAUUUGGCUGGGGUGUCACAGCGGC